GGCCCGGUCCUAAGUUUAGAUGCCUCUCUUAGGACCCUACCACCUUCUCCUCCGCUCAGCGUCUUAGUUCUCCCAAACGUGCGCCUGCUGAAAUGCCCCUACCCUCGUGGCUCCAAAGUAGCCGCCCCUACCCGUUUUGGGCCACCCUUUCCCCUCGACUCAAUAGAAGAGCCUGUGUUCCAAACGUUUCUGGUCCGGGCCGGGGGUGGGGUAAAUCUUUGGAGCCGGUUUUACGACAACGUGCGGCUGCGCGGCGUGGCUGACGGCAACGCCGCACUGCUCUUGGAGAGGUCACUUCGGAGAAGGCGUUGGUUUUGGGGUGUGGGGGUCGUUGGCACUAUGUGGCGCGUCUGUGCGCGACGGGCCCAGAAUGCGGCCCCCACGUCAGGAUUCAGGCCUCGGUGGACGGCGGUACGGGAGGAACCCGGAGCACCGUGCGUGACCCCGCGGGUUGGUCCAGCUCCGGCUCGUUGCAACAGCUCUACCACAGGGUAUGGCAGAGUCCGGGCACUCUGCGGCUGGCGCUCCAGCUCGUGGGCCAUACAGCGGACUCGCUUCCUGCAGCAGCUUUUGCGAUCUCCUGGCCGUCGCUGUUACAGUCUUCCCCCUCAUCAGAAGGUUCCAUUGCCCUCUCUUUCCCCCACAAUGCAGGCAGGCACCAUAGCCCGUUGGGAAAAAAAGGAGGGGGACAAAAUCAAUGAGGGUGAACUAAUUGCGGAGGUUGAAACGGAUAAAGCCACCGUUGGAUUUGAGAGCAUGGAAGAGUGUUACAUGGCAAAGAUACUCGUUGCUGAAGGUACCAGGGAUGUUCCGGUUGGAUCAGUCAUCUGUAUCACAGUUGAAAAACCUGAGGAUAUUGAGGCCUUUAAAAAUUACACAUUGGAUUCCUCAGCAGCACCUACCCCACAAGCAGCCCCAGCACCAACCCCUGCUGCUGCUGCUUCGCCACCUACACCUUCUGCUCAGGCUCCUGGUAGCUCAUAUCCCACUCACAUGCAGGUGGUUCUUCCUGCCCUCUCUCCCACCAUGACCAUGGGCACAGUUCAGAGAUGGGAAAAAAAAGUGGGUGAGAAGCUAAGUGAAGGAGACUUAUUGGCAGAGAUAGAGACUGACAAGGCCACUAUAGGUUUUGAAGUACAAGAAGAAGGUUACCUGGCAAAAAUCUUGAUCCCAGAAGGCACAAGAGAUGUCCCUCUCGGAACGCCACUCUGUAUCAUUGUAGAAAAAGAGGCAGAUAUACCAGCAUUUGCUGACUAUAGGCCAACUGAAGUAACUGAUUUAAAACCACAAGCACUACCACCUACCCCACCCCCGGUGGCCCCUGUUACUCCACCUCCCCAACCUGUAGCCCAUACACCGUCAGCCACCCGCUCAGCUACUCCUGCUGGACCAAAGGGAAGGUUGUUUGUUAGCCCUCUUGCAAAGAAAUUGGCAGCAGAGAAAGGGAUUGACCUUACACAAGUAAAAGGAACAGGACCAGAAGGCAGAAUCAUCAAGAAGGACAUCGACUCUUUUGUGCCUUCUAAAGCUGCUCCUGCUCCAGCAGCUGCUGUACCUCCCCCAAGUCCAGGAGUGGCACCAGUUCCUACAGGUGUCUUCACAGAUAUCCCGAUCAGCAACAUUCGUCGAGUCAUUGCACAGCGGUUAAUGCAAUCUAAGCAAACCAUACCUCAUUAUUACCUUUCUGUUGAUGUCAAUAUGGGAGAAGUUUUGUUGGUACGGAAAGAACUUAAUAAGAUGUUAGAAGGGAAAAGCAAAAUUUCUGUCAAUGACUUCAUCAUAAAAGCUUCCGCUUUGGCAUGUUUAAAAGUUCCUGAAGCAAAUUCUUCUUGGCUGGAUACAGUUAUAAGACAAAAUCAUGUUGUUGAUAUCAGUGUUGCUGUCAGUACUCCUGCAGGACUCAUCACACCUAUUGUAUUUAAUGCCCAUAUUAAAGGACUGGAAACCAUUGCUAAUGAUGUUGUUUCUUUAGCAACCAAAGCACGAGAGGGUAAACUACAGCCACAGGAAUUCCAGGGUGGCACUUUCACAAUCUCCAAUUUAGGAAUGUUUGGAAUUAAGAACUUCUCAGCUAUUAUCAACCCACCUCAAGCAUGUAUUUUGGCAAUUGGUGCUUCAGAGGAUAGACUGGUUCCAGCAGAUAAUGAAAAAGGAUUUGAUGUGGCUAGCAUGAUGUCUGUUACACUCAGUUGUGAUCAUCGUGUUGUGGAUGGAGCAGUUGGAGCCCAGUGGCUUGCUGAGUUUAGAAAGUACCUUGAAAAACCUGUCACGAUGUUGUUAUAAUUAACGCAAGAAUUUCUAAACUCUACAGUCACAUUGGUUGAUCUUAUCAAGAUACAAAUAUGUUAUUAAAAAGGUGGUUCUUUUUAUUUUAAAGCUAACCAGUUAUUUUUGAGUCUGUCCAUAUAAGUUAUUUGUAAUGGUCAUUACUGAAUUUUUUUAAAUGCCAGUUACACCCAAAUGUUGUGCACAUUUAAUAAACACUGUAUUUUAAGCUGUGUGCUCGUAGUCAAGGGACACGUGGCCUAGCCCUUUGGUGAUAAAUAUGGUAAGUACUUCCAUUGGGAAAUGUAGAGGUAGAAUUGUAGUUCUCUGUUGAGUCAGGUACAUGAAAGUAACCUGGAUGAAACCUGAAGGUUUUGAAAUUUCAUUGCCUCACAUGUUUUUCUCAGCUUUGAGGGAAAGAGAAGUCACGAAAUUCUUGGGGAAUGGGUUUGAAUUGAAGGUUGAUUUUGUAAUUUAACCCUAAUUUAAAUGUAUCAGUUACAUCAACUUGGUUUAUAAUGAAUGGGAAGGGUAGAGAACUUCAAGGAAAAUAAGUGCUAUUUUAAGUCACCAUUUUCUUAGACUUCUUCAACCAACUGUUCUUUAUUUUUCUAUAAAUCCCAAAAUGGUUAUUAUCGCCUCUUGAGAUGAGAUAUGAAUAUAAACCAGCUACUUGGUAUAAAUGAGAAUUUGUGUGGGUAUUUAUUUAAACAUCCUAAAUGUGUAAUUCUGAGAGCAGAAUUCUACAAUUACCUUCAAAUAAAAGAAUAAUGCUUAUAGAAUUUAACAGAGAAGUUGUGAAAGUAGAAUUCUUCUUACAGUAUUAACUGGUGGUGGUUACUUGCAAAUGAACUUAAUUACCAGAAUUUAUUACUCAAAUUAUUUUGGAAAACUAUAUCAUGUAACUAUGGAAUAAGUGUACAUAUGUAAAGUAUGGUUUCAAGUGAGAUAUGUGCCAAAGUCCAUAUAUCACCAAGUCUUGUCUGAAAGAAGAGGGAGAGAUUAAUUGGUAAACAGUUUAGAGUACUAUGGACAAUGACCAAAACAAAGUGGUCAUUUCUACUGACUGUGUUUCCCCAAAAAUAAGACCGGGUCUUAUACUAAUUUUUGCUCCAAAAGAUGCAUUAGGGCUUAUGUUCAGGGGAUGUCAUCCUGAAAAAUCAUGCUAGGGAUUAUUUUUCUGGUGAGGGCUUACUUUCCGGUUAGGUCUUAUUUUUGGGGAAACACGGUAGAUAAAGUAAAAAAAUUGAAUGUGUAUAAAAAAGGUGUUCUGUGUUUUUCUCUCCCAGGGUUGUCUCAUGUAAAAUCAGAAAGCCCUAAAGUCCUAUUGGAGAGAAAACAGUUACUUAGAUUGCUUACUCCCGUAUCAGCCUAAAUAUUUUUUUCCAUUUUGUUAUGGUUGGGCUUUUUGUAAGGCUUGCGGCGAGAUAAUGAAGCUAAGAGAGUCAGGCGGGUUGGGAAAGGUGAGUGCUUUAUUCUGCGCCCCUGGGCAAAGUUCACCUCCCACAGAUGGGGGCCGUUCACAUCACGUUGCGCCCAGGGCAGAGCGAGGGAGGCAUAUAUGCGAUUUUUGGGGUCGGGGUUGGCUGAGUGAGGUGGCAGAUGAGCAGGCCCCCCAGCGCAGAUCAGGCGCGAAUGGCUACGUCUGGAGUUGUUUAUCGCACUGGUGGUCUGCUGCCUUUUCUGGGAAAUUUCAAGGGCCCUAGUCUCCGUCAUGCGAGGAGGGGUCUGACUUGGCAGAGAGGUAUGACUUGGCUCCCGGCUGCUUUGACCAGGCCCGCUGCUGACCUAACACUUUCUUCUGCUGGAGGAGAAGGAGGAGGUGAUAUUCAAGAUAAUAAAAAUGAAUUGGGAACAUUAUCACAAUUCCAGGAUUUCUAUUGAAUUUAUGUGUUUUAAUAAAUAUUUGGAAUUGUUUAUGGCUAUUUAAAAUAAAUCUGACUAAUGCUUCCUUGUAUAUGUAGUAUGUGGAGCUAUGCCUUGAAAUUUAGGUCUUUCAUUGUUGAAUGCUUCUAAAUGUUUAUUAUUACGUGGUACACAAAUGACACUCCAUAUAUUCCGUAAAUACUUCCUUUGCUGUAUUAUUAUGAAAACAAGUCAAUUCAGUAAUUAAUAAUUAUAGCUUGAUCUGAAGGAAUUAGCUUUAUCACAAGGGACCAUCAUCAGUAUGAGCCACCUCUGGUGCACAUACAUGAAACUUCAAAGAUAAUUCAUUCUUUGCUGAUACUUAUGGCUCUUCUACUCCCUUGAAAGAAAAAUAAAAAGUUGACUUCUAAUAAAAAUUGUUCUGAGGUAAAAAUCUGACCUAUAAUCUAAACCUGGAUUCAGUCUAUUUCUCUUACCAGAACUGAAAGAAUAAGUUAGAAAUAGUGGUUUUGAUUCCAAUUAGAUUGUUUACAAAUGAAACUGUGUUUUCAAUGUGCCUGGUCUAAUUUUUGAUCUGUUGGUAAUUUUCACAUUAAAUGAGUAAGACAAGGGACAGCUAUGUAUGUGUAAACUCUUAAUACAGAUACAUUUUGAGUUUAUAGAAUUGGUAAAAUAGGAACAGUUUAGAAGGAUACAAUCUGAUAGUGGAAGCUCAAGGAGUUACUGAAGCACCUCAUGUUGGGGUGUGGCGCACAGCAAGAGGAAAGAGGGCUGGCUCUGUUAGGUCUAUUUUAUUCCAGUCCUGAGGUUUGUGAGGGUAGUUAACGGCAUCCCAAGGCAUUUUUCAAGUCACAAGGCAUGGUCUACAGGAGGGGUUGACUAGUACGAGAGACGACAGGACUGUUGUAAGGGUGACCUCAAACCAAGUUUAUAGAAAAAUCUGGUCUCGAAAUCAAGAGUAAUUUAUGUCCAUCUCAAAUAAUUUCCCGUUUUGAAGAAAAGAUCUUGGGAAAAUUCAAAUUUAAACUACUCCACAGUUCAUUAUUAGUUAAUGCUCUUCUGGGAAAAGUUUUGCUUUCUGUAGGGAGGUGGAGGUGGGAUGUUUUUAUGAAUAUAAAAUCCACUGAAAUAAGUGAAAAUAUUUUGGAAAACAGGAUAUAAAUUUAACAUUUAAACAUUAAGUGUAUUAGAUCUUGGUAUGUUUUUUAUUAAUGAGUACACAAAUAACAUAGCUGCUGAUGUAACACGUAAGCACUGGGAGUUGUCUAAGAAACGUCUAAACCUGUAGAGAACCUGAAUGAGUUUAUUUGAGCCAAACUAACAAUUGCUGGGAAGCAAAAUCUCAAACGGAUUAGGAAAUGGUUUAGAGAAUGGCAGUUUGGCAGCUUAUUUUAUAAGAAUCAAAGGAGGAGACAGGGUUACAUGAAAUCCUUUGGUGGUAGAUUAAGGGGGUGGGAGAAAGCAAAGUGGGGAAAUCUAUCGGACUGGAUAAAAAGUAAAAUGGAAGGACUCAUCUUUUACAUUGGUGGGUACAGCACAUAGAGAUGGUAUUCGGGGAACAAGAGAACAAUGAGGGGUUCUAUGGUCUAAGGCUCUGGUGUGGUGGGUUUUGCCUUUAGGGGUCUGGGAAAAAGGAUUACUCUGACAUUCUAAGGGUAUGUUAUCUUGGAUGCAAAAAGAUAAUAGACAGGCCUACUUACCGUAGACAUUGACCUUUGUCAAGAAAGCUACAGGCCAAGGAUGUAACUACCAGCCAUGACCCACUUUUAAUGAGGAAUUUUUAUGUUCAGAGGAUCCUAUGUGGUUAAUUUCGGUCUCUUGAGUUUGUAGGGCCCACCAUGCUGGCUUCCCUUGAGCUUGUCAGGUUUAGUAUGUGGCCCCUUUUCGUCCACAGAGUGUAAGAGGGGAGAUUAGCCAGUUUCAUGUGGUUACAGGUGUUUCUAAGAAAUAACAUUUGACUGAUUUUGUCAGAAGAUAGGGUGAAAGCAUUCUAUGUUUUUUGAGGGAUGAGACUAUAAUGCUUUGUUAAUUUUAGGACAUCAUACAGUUCUAGAAAAUUUUCACAUGAUAAAUUAUCCUAUUGCUAGAAAGAUUCAAAUCCAGGCCAGUUUUAAGAAAAUUACAUUUUUCAAAUCACAAAAGUUAAAAAGUUUUAAAAUAAGGACUUUAUUAUUUAAAGACCUAGAAGCUAGUAAUUAAAGAACUAGAAACUAGUAAUUACAAGGAAGGUUUUUCUUUGUAUCUAGGAAAGAUAAUUAGGGAUGUUUAAAGAUUGUAAACAUUGCUUGCUUGGGAUAUAAAUUGGAAAGUUGAUACAUUUGUAUUAAACAGCUAUCUGAACUCAGAUGAAUGGGAGUUGAAAAGUACAUCACUUCUGUUAUUUUUAAAAAAUAUUUUCUUAAGAGAAAGGCCCUUGUCCUAAAGUCAAUUCCCUUUUCUUAGAGUUGGAUGUAGUUUGUAUCAUAUGCCUGGGCAGCUUGGACUCCUGCCAGAACUGUUUUAUAGAAGCAGAGUCAGAGAAGCAUAGGCUUGUAUAUUACUACACUGGAUCUGUAUUUUUAUUGCUGGGGGAAACUUACUGCUA